CAGCAGUCAACCGCUCAUUUCAGAAAUGUGUGUAUUCUUCGAUCGAUGAUUGACAAUUAGUGCUCGAUAUACAUAAGAUGCAGAGUGGAAAUGAUAUCUCUAAUCUGUCGUACAAGGAACUUCAAGCCCUGGCACUGCGGUACAGAGUCCCGGGUAACAUCAAGAAACAGCUUCUGAUCGAGGUCCUGCAAGCCGCGAGAUGUGGAAAUGAACAAGAAGUCGACAAAUUGCUGGCCGAUAUGAGACAGACGCGCAAGAAGAGAAUACGUAAAGGGAAACCGAUGAAAUUGAGCUUGUCUUCAACACCAAUUCACAGCCCCGUUUACGACAUGGCCGACGAUUAUUACGCAGCUCAACAUCGUCUGCCUUAUCAAUGGGUCGGGGCCGAGGAAGAAAUCCCAAACAGGCAAGAUGAGUCAAAUCGUGUUCCACAAUACGAAGAAUUUCGCCAAUUUCUGCUCCGUCGUAUACAAAGAGACUAUCAGACAUACAACACGAACAACGAUGACAACAACAACAACUUAGACAUGAACGACAGGUUGAACUCUGGUAAUCACGGUGGUCUGAUCAAUGCCAGAAACGAAAUUGACCCGAUCGCAAGCAUCGCUCCGUUGAACAGCUUGGAAACAGUCCAGGCGUACUCUGAACAAGUCCACGUACAAAAUGGUGCCUUUGACUACCAAAUUCUGGAAGAUCCGACCGGCAACGGAAAUACAUCGAUAUUGCUUAGGCGGAUGCUUCAAGCACCGGUCGGUGCGGAUCUGGGGGAAAUUGCAAGCCCCGAGGCGCAGGGCUCGAGCUGCCGAAUUUGGGGGGGCGUUGAGUACAAUCACGGCCAAACCAAUCUGCUCGAUAAUUCUGACACCCUUUCCGCCAACUCGGAAAUGAAUGGAAACGAGGAAAUCAACAACUGGCCGAUCGGCUCCGAGUACUACAAAUUCGUCAACAGUGUGAGGGAUCAGUUGAUCCUGAACCCUGGCAACGUGACGACCGGUCGAACUUUCGACGAUCAACCGGUCGCUGCGGGGCAGUUCUCUGGAACCGUUAUCAACACAGAGGAAAACGCGGGUGUACAGUACCAGCUGCUUUACGCCAACCAGUUCAACGACAUUCAACCCAACUGUCCGCAGCCGUGGGAAAUGGUGCGGGCUGCCGCUCCUUUCGACGUGGAGGAUUUGACCGACGAAAAGGGCGGCAACUACGCGGCGAAGACGCUGCCUGCGCCCGGCGGUUCGUACUACGACGCGGCCUGCAACGUCGUGGGUUACGCAAGUUCCAGGCCCCUGGAGUACGAUCCUCUGCAGCAAGACUUCCCCGCCGAAGAGGGGGCCGCCACUGUUUAUCCAGGUAGUCAGAACUGUGUCGUCGAUCAUUGCGGCAGCAACGCCGCGCCUCCUUCGCGUCCCGAAAGAAAGUUUUACCACGACAUGAGCAAUGGCUCAGAGAUGUAUUCGCCUCAGCGUGCAGCGAAGUCGAUCAACGAAACUGCCGGGAAUUACUCCUUUGUCAAACCUCUCGGUUAUUCAGGGAAUUACAACGCGACGUCCGAUAUUCAGCAACAAACCACCGCCGUCUUUGCGCCCUUGAUGCAAAAUCUGUCGUUCACCUCUACCUCCUCCUGUAAUAAACACAUCGAUAAUUUUUCUCAGUUGCAAACAACGCAAACCGAAGAAAUCAAUCGCGCGGGUAAUUUUGGGUGUUAUACCUACAACGGACCUCGAAAGGUUGACGAUCAGCCAACGAUCGAUGCUCAGCAGUUGUGUAUCGAGGCCGGGGGCAUGCCGAUUACGGUAACGAAGCCGGAAGCGGAAGGAGAGAGCCGAGCUCGGCGUCAGAACAAAACCGUGCUGAUGGGAAGCGCUUCGACGACUCUCGAGUCGGACGUUACGACGAGUUUGGAACCUUUUUGGCCCCAGAGACCAACCAUCGGCAAGAUGACGGAAAAUUAUCUCGAGAAUAUUUUGAACUUGAACACUUACGGGUACAUAGAUUACUCGAGAAUCGAUCAGACUUCGUGCAUCUACUGCUACGCCGCCCCGAUUGUCACCCAAAGAUUGUUUUCCGGUAGUUCGCCAUGCUCGCAGAAGCGGCGGUUUAUCGCUGAGUAUAGGCAGCACACGUUCUCACCGUACUGGCUUUUAUACGACGACACUAGGACCGGCAUGCAGAUGUCGAAAAAUAUCAAGGUUAUCGAUAAAGAUAAGGACGCAAACGAAUCCCGUAGGUGCGACGGUACGAUCCCUGCUGAUUCCGAGGAGGACGCUAACGGGAACGAGUAUAAUGUCUCACAGCCGCAAGCGGUCCAACUGGAUAUGAAUAAUAUCCAGAAUAUCGAACUGAAUGGCAAUGAGUUGCAAGCGUUUCGGCUGGAGAAAGAGCAGAUAACAGCGGAAUUCGUUGUGGAAGAGAGUCCGUCGGCCGACCCGCCGGAAUCAAAAUGGCCCGAACAGAACGUCAAGUCUGUAAGCACGCGUAGCGACAGUAACGACCCGGAAAAUACGCAGUUAUUGCCGAAUCUGAAGAACAUGAGUCCUAAGGAUCUAGUUGAUCGGGAUGUAAUCUCUGAUAGCACUGCUACGGAACGGGGCAUCCCGAACUCGAAAGCGAGAGACUAAGAACUUUUUUCUUUACGUAUUAUUGGAUCACUUUCGUAUUUUUACAAAUUUCACCGAAGAUAUUUUCAUCACGCUAGUCAAAAAGUGUCGAAUGAUAAAAACAGAGCAGAAACAAUUGCCAUUCUGCAAAGAAUGAAUGAAUAUUCUGUGGAAACAAUACUGCAGAUUUGUUUUAGUUGAUUUUUUUCCAAUGCCAAAAAUUCAGUACUUUUUUCUGAGUAUAAAUAGAGGGCAGUUUUUAUACACCUUUCAAAGGUACCUAUGUAUUGUUUGUACAGAAUCGUGAUAGUAUAAUUCUUGAGCACAGUAACAAUAAGCUUAUGGGAGUAAGGGUAUAAAGUACGAUCAAUAAUACAACGAUUUUUCUUAGUACCUUCUGAUACAGGUAUUUGGAGUUGCACAACUAUUUGAUAUCGAUGAAACGUUAUAUACGUUUGUAUUAUAGGUAUUCACGGUGAAAUUGCUACACGUACCUAUUAUUAUAUGCGAGAAACCGUUAUUAUUUGCAUACUAGGCAUAGUGAAUCAAUUGGGACCACAAAAAUUGAAAGCUAUUUCGUAUAGGAAUUCUCUUUCAUCAGGUAACACGAGAGCCGAAGAUACACGAUAAUUUACCUGCGCGUAGAAAAUCAAACUAACGUCACAAUUAUCCGUAGAUAUGUUUAUAAUAUCCGUUCCUAUAUAACUGUAUAAUGAAUAAGAAUAACGAUAUAUUUUUUAAGAUUAAAAUAAAUAGAAGUAUGUACCUAUAUGUACG